GCAGAUGAAGCGAACAUACACCAGAGUAGCACUAGAGUGAGCGAAAAACUUCAAGGGCACGCAUCUUUUUCUCUAUAUACAAACCCCUUCGACCCCGCAAGGCUUUUUCCUUUGCUGCGCUCACGAAUACUUCAAUGGAAGAGAACAACACAAACCCCAAAACGCUGUCGUCUUCACUCCCACCUGGUUGCCGAUUUUACCCUUCCGACGAACAACUCUUCUGUUACUACCUCAAAAACAAGAACCGCACCAUUCCUAACGACACCGAUGAUGUCAACGGCUAUGAUUUGAUUAAGGAGCUGGAUUUGUACGAUUACGAGCCGUUUGAUUUACCUGAGAAUGCGUGCUAUGCGUAUGGUUAUAAAGCGAGGAAGAGACACUGGUAUUGUUAUACGAAGGAGCAAGUUAGGGUUCCGAGGAGGAAGGCAAAGGGAGGGUUUUGGAGGAUAAGUGGUAGGGUUAGGGAUGUUGUGGUGGGUCCAGGCGGGGAGGCGGUCAUGGGUACAAGGACUAGGUUUGUUUUUUACAUGGGGAAUUCUGUUAAGAGUGCAGUCAGGACUGGUUGGGUUUUGUACGAGUAUGCUCUUGUCGAUCAUGCUAAGGCUUCAUUUGUUCUAUGUCGGGUAUUUGUCAAGUCUCGUGGAGGAAAUAGCAUUUCAGAGAAUGUUGUAAGUUCCUGUGCCGAAGAAAGUGUUUCUGCUUUACCCAGCAUUGGUGCUCAGCAUGAUGAAUUCCUCACACCAGGCAUUGCUAAGGCUAAGGGGCCUAAUGACUUAUCUAGAUAUUCUGCAAGAUUGGAUAGAGAGCUUGAUGAUCAAGUCACAACUAGACCUCUUUCUAUUUCCAGUUUCCAGUUUCCAUCAGACAGUCAAUGCAACGAGGCGGUUAGGAGGACAUCUGGCCCUACUGGUGGUAACAUGUAUGUAGAUGCUGAAACAUCCCAGCAGUUACAAUCCAUUUUAGAGGGAGAUUUUAUAGAGCUGGAUGAUCUUGUGGAUUGAUCAUCCAAGACAGAAGCUGAUAGAGUUAGUUUUGAAGCUACGUGGAUAUUAACUUCAAUUGUCAAGGUUCAGUUAUUUUCAGAUACAGUUAAUUGAAGGAAGGGUUUGAAACCAUAGAAGGAAUUUAUUGAAAGAGUUAUGUUUAAAAAAAUUGUGGAUACCUGGAUAUACUCAGGUUUCACUUGCUACCUGAAACAGUAUAUUUGAGAAGCGGUUAAGAAACCAUAGAAGGAAUUGUCAAGGUUCAGUUAUUUUCAGAUACAAUUAAUUGAAGGAGGGAUUUGAAAGUUUAUUGAAAGAGUGAUAUUUAGAAAAAUUGUGGUACCUGGAUGCUCAGGGUUCACUUGCUACCUGAAACAGUAUAUUUGAGAAGUGGUUGAGAAACUAUAAAUAGAAUUGAUUGGAAGGGUAGUUUUGGAUGAGAUGUGGAUACUAACCCUAUCACUUAGGGUAGUAUAUUCAAGAAGGGUUUAGAAUCCAUUGAAGGAAUUGCUUCAUCAUUACAGAUUUCCUAUGCCAGAUAUAAGACAUUUUGCUCCAGUAGAAUAGCAAUGAGAUCAAUGUGUCAGAUGAUGGCAAGCUCGAAUAUAAAAUCUUUGAGAAUUGAUUGCUUCACCUGACUUUGUGAUCUCGCCGUUUUUCUAUUGAUGGCAGGGUGUUUCUUUGCAUCUAUGAGAAAAUGUUAAUUUCCCUAUUUUGCCAGCCUUACCCUGGCAAUUAGACUUGUUUCAGCUUAUGUUCUGUUUUCUAGCAUCUUAAAACAUAUUGUAAAUUAGUCUCCUCUCCUCUCUCUAGGACCUCUAAGCUUACCCUGUCAUGUAUUCCAUUUCUGAACUCUAUUGUAGCAUAUUUGGAUGGCUUUCUUAUGAAUGUGAAUUCUAAAUAAAUCUUUUUAUAAUCC